UUUGGCUUCUAAUGAAAGGGCUCGCGGUGGGAAUUUAACGGUGAUUUGGUGCAAAUAAAUACCAUCGGCUGAUUGACGGAACCGUCGCCAUCAUGGCGUCCAGUGGAUAUUAUGCAGCGGUGGUUCUUCUGGCCGUGCAGCUCCUCUGUGUCGGUGCUGCUGAUGCUGAGGAGGCCGGGACCGUCAUCCCAGCAGAAAGUCGUCCAUGUGUGGACUGCCAUGCCUUUGAGUUCAUGCAGAGGGCACUGCAGGAUCUGAAGAAGACCGCUUUCAACCUUGAUGCCAGGACAGAGAUGUUGGUGCUGAGGGCUGAGAGGAGGGCUCUGUGCGACUGCAUGCCCAACUCUCUGCUCUGAGCUCCGGCUGCCCAGAAACACCGACAACAAACCCGCUCCACACCUCUACCCGUGUACAGCGAUCCUCAUCCGAACUACACAAACAGGCACUUUAUUUUAUUCCAUUUGUCACAUCAUCACCGUUAGGCGAAGCUAUAAAUCCUGUCAUCGUUAGGCCUUAUUCAGGACGACUCUCAUGUUUGUGAACCACACGUUUUCUGCGUUCUCAGCUUUCACCCGUCUCAUGAAGCAGAAACAGAUUUGUACUCGUUAGUAACUCUGACUGUACGAUGUAGAUACAGUAAACCGUGUCUGUAAAGGGUUGUCGUAUGAGAUUAUUGUUUACACACUUCAAACUGUAGCAUCAGAGCUUAUUUAGCUGUGCGUAAUAACAGCAGUUUGUGGAGUCAUUUAAGACAUGGUUAUGAAUCAGACUGUAAUUUUACCAGUUUAAUAUAGUCUGCAGGGGUGGUUGAGUCUUGACUUGCAAAUAAAGUUUAUUGUUCUUUAAGGCAGAUUAAAUAAAACUUGUAGGUUCUUAUUUAGCACAGCAGUGUAGCAUGAAUUCACAGCACUUUCUCGCUCACUUGUUAAUAACGACUGUGUGUGUAUAUAAAUGAUGUAAUGGACGUGUCACGGCGGCGUCUGCAGACGGAGGCAGAAAAGGUGAUGAACUAGGUGGUGUUGGGUGAACUGCAGCAUCAGCAGCAGAAGGAGAUGCGCUGAACUGCAGCAGGGAGGAAAAAAACCCAGAGGAGGAAGUAAUAACUCUUUUUUUAACUUUGUUGUGAACUUUGUUAAUGUGCCACAAGGAGUCCCCAUUCACUGUCUUCAUGUUGUACCCACAAAUAAAAACAUAAAAUCA